AUGGCUACUCUGGGCCAGCAUGCCUUCCAUCCAAGCACCCAGAUUGGAAUUCCACCACCAACAACAGAUCCGAUCCAGCUCCCCCCGGUUCCUCCUUUGAGCAUCUCCCGAAGUGAAAAAGACGCAUUGCUACAAAAGCUACGGCAAAAGCGUGAUUCCCAACCAAGAACCAAUACACGAGAGAACCAACAGCCCAAGCGGCAGUCGAAGAAGCCAAUAAAGCCAGCCGGACGACCUGCCACAAGGUCUCAGGCACAGAAUAAGAAAAACAUUUCGCCAGAAAGAGCAAGGCGCCUUGAGCGAAAUCGCAUCGCUGCAAACAAAUGCCGACUGAAGAAAAAGGAAGAAAACCAACAGAUGGAACAAGUCCUGGAAGAUGAGACGGCAAAAUACGACUCGCUUUUGGCAGAAGUGGGCCUUCUCAGGGACGAACUAUUGCAGCUUAAAAAUCAGGUCUUGGAGCAUGCAGGAUGUGACGACGAUCAGAUCAAUACCCAUCUUGGAGCGAUGACGCACACCCUGCUUGGGGAUACCUCGGAUCAGGUGAAAUGCCCAUCACCAACCUUUUCGGCUAGUACGUGGUCGGAUACUUCGACCUUGGGGACUGGAGAUGGUUCGAGUCCUGUUGUGAAAUUGCCAGAGACGAUUUCGGCGGAUAAAGAAGAGGACACCGCUGAUUUCCUGUUUGACAACUUUAUUGAUGGCGAAGCUGUAGAGGGCCUUCCGCCUUGUUCUGUAUAA